AUGGCAAAGACCCCGAGCAAGAAGUCCGCUAAGGCCCCGAAGAAGACGGGUGAGAAGGGCAAGGCCAAGAAGGGCAAGCGCGUGGAAUCGUACUCGACGUACAUCUACAAGGUCCUCAAGCAGGUCCACCCCGAGACCGGUAUCUCCAAGCGUGGCAUGUCGAUCAUGAACUCGUUCAUCAACGACAUCUUUGAGCGCAUUGCGUCCGAGGCCGGCAAGCUCUCGCGCUACAACAAGAAGUCGACCUUGUCCUCGCGUGAGAUCCAGACUGCCGUGCGCCUCAUGCUUCCCGGUGAGCUCGCCAAGCACGCCGUCUCGGAGGGCACGAAGGCCGUGACCAAGUUCACGUCGUCGGCGGCUUAA